AUGGGUUGCACUUAGAUGACAAAUGUGACGACAAUAAAGAAUCCAAGGAUGAAGAAUUUUUUUGAUCAGUGUCAGUAUUAUGGUUUUGAAAGAUCGCAGGUACAAAAAUAAAAGAAUGUAAGGUGGUGAAAAUAACUGAAUACGAAUUUCAAUAUUGCAGGGGAAGUAAGAGUUGGCAAUCGAAUUAUUCGAAAUCAAUUUUCAAUGAGUAGAAUCCGGUGUUGUUAUCUCCUUGUUUGCCUGAUAAUUUUGAUAAUUUGAUAUCGGGGUUGACCAAUUUCAAAUAAUUAUACCCAGAGGAGUUCAAGGAUUUCCCCAAGAAUUUAGGGUAUGUAUAAACGAUUAAAUCAUUUAAGGAUGCUAUUGAGUUUGGGAAAUCAAUUCCCAAGCUUUAGAGCAGAGAAGUUGGGAAGUAAUCAAAUUACAAGUUUUUAAAUCCAGUAAAAUGUUGUAACAAUAUUUGUGUUCUGGAGAUUGGAGGAGGAAAUCAAGAUAGGGAGAAUGUCAUAAGUCAGAACUCGGAAUAUUAGCAAUCGCUUUCGAGCUGAUGACGAAUCCCAAUCUUAUUUGGAGACUGCAUUCAUAAGAGCGAAGAAAUCGAUCAAGCGACCACUUCACUUGGUUGGGAUCUGUUUGGAUAGUCAGGACAGGAAACCUCUGUAUGAGUCAGUGAUAUCGCAGGAAGACACUCACAUAUGGAUCAACGAGAAUGAUUAAUCAGCCUAGGUGUUUAAGUAUGCAGAGGAUCCCAACUAUUAGACACGGUAGUUGGAGUAAUCCAUUUUCAUAGUAAAUUCGAAGGGAGUCUUUGUAGGUUGUUUGAAGGAGAACUUUGGAGAUCACUCAUUCAUCCAUGAAAUCAAUGAUAUCAUAGAUGGUGAGAUCAAACCAAAAGAUGCCAACUAGCUCUUGAAUUCUAUUAAACAGAAGAUAAGAAAGGAUGAUUAUCAGAAGGUCAAGAAACUAAUUGUAGAGGAAUUACCCAAUAAACAAAAAUAGCCUAUAGGAGAUACGUUUAGUCUAUCCAUAAAAAAACAUACGUACUUUAGAGACUAUUCCAAAGUUGGAGCCACAUAUUUCAAUCCAAUUUUCAAAGCAGCUGGAUCCAAGAAAUAUCAAUAAAAUUGCGAUGAUUUGAUUUAGUUUGUAAAGGAUUUCACUCCUAUCGCUCAUAUGGAGACUGACUUCAAACAACAUCAUUCUGUGAACAAAAAGCUGUUUUUUGAAAAGCUGAGUCGAAAACUAAUGUAUUAGUGAUAUUUAUAUAGAAAUAUAGGAUAUGAGGAUAUCAGAUUCAUCUUAGAGAAGAACAUCGAGAUCUAGUAUGAAGAGAGUUCUUAACGUUUCGAGAUGAAGAGAGAAAUAACCUCGAUCCAUAAUGCUCCCCAAUCUGUAAGUUGUGUCUAUUCCAGGAAGGCAGCCUUACAGAAGUUGGGCAAGUCCAUAUUUGCAUAAUCUGAGAAUUACACUCACAAGGAAUUGGAAUUAAUGAAAGAAUUCUUUGGGAAUCCCUACUCUUUGAAGUAUAAAUUCAUCUGUUAUCAUCAGAACCUCGUUCAACGUUGGCACUCUCUUCUCACCAAUCCCCAACACCUAUAAGAUGUAACACAAUGACUUUUCUGGGAGCAGUCAAAUCAUGCAAUCCAUCAUUAGACCCACAAACAAGGGAAUAUUUGAUAGCAAAUUGGUCCAAUCCAUGAAUCAAUCGAUUGAUGAUCAGAAUCAACAUUUUGGAAUAACAGAAUAAAUAAAAAGCAAUCAAAGUCAAAUUGAACUAAGUGAAGGUUGGGAUGGUGAUAAUAAAGUGGAUUUGAAUUACGAUUAGAUUCAUUCAAUCCAUCAAAUUAAUAAUGAAGUGCUCAUCAUAUUCUUGAUUGAUUAUACUCUUGAUAAGCACAUUGAACUCUUGCAUCAGUUGCUUGAGUUCAUCAAGAGUAAACAGUGGAAUAGCUCAAAUGUUAGAGUGAUUGGAUUGGAAAAGAGGAGAUCCGAGGAUCAAUUUUAGAAGUAAAUGAAUAGAUUAGAAUAAGAAAUGAAAAGAGGCAUCUUUGAAGCAUGGUUCCCUCUAGAACAACAGUUUCUUGGAGUUAACUUUUAUAAAAUAUUAUCUGAUCUCUAUGGAUUGGAUUCCAUCUCUCCUAUUUUGGUCAUCGACCAUCUAGGAAGAUUGCUUUAUCAGGGUCAACCAGAUCAAAAGUUUGCUCCUCUGCUGACCAAAAUCAUCAACCAGGAAUCCUUGAAAACAAGUACAACAACUAUAUUCAUCCUAUCAUAGUUCAUCCAGUUGACCGACCAUUAAAACACAGGAUUGAUCUGGCCUAGUUUGGUAGAGAAUGGAGAAUUAUUAAACAAUACGGAAAUGAGAGUGUCUACUUCAGUCCCACUGUACAGCAGACUCUAAAGUACUUGGAGAAGAUGCCCAUGAGGAAAGGCGAGCAAUGGAAACUCACCGUCACUUAAUUCCAAUUGUGGAAUGAGAAUGGAGAGUUUGUUAGGAAGUGCUUUGAGAAGCCCAAGAUUAUCUAUAAGUUUGAGAGACCUGAGUUGGCAGUCAAAUUUUAUAACAUCAUUGAAGAAAUACAAAGAUUGGUGGGGAAGGAUAGGGUUGAGGUGGUCGACUUGAAUGCUGAAAUUCUAAAGGACAGAAAUAAUUUGUAGGGGGAAUAAUUAAUUAAAUGA